AUGAAGUUAUUGGUUCAGCUAUUACAGAAUCCGAUAAUACAGUUGAAGAUUCUGUUAAUAAAAACUUUAUUAAUUCAUCCAAAAAACUCAAAUAUCCACGCCUUGUCAAAGACAAUCUAAAAUGGAAUUCUAUGUGGAAAAAAACUUAUCCAUGA